AUGGAGUCGAGAGCAUCCAGUUCGGCAGGCAGUCGAGCAAUGUCGCCCGAGACACCUCCGCAAAUCGAUCUGGGCUUCGACCCAUCGCUUACAAAGAGCUUUAGCGGCCUCUUUCCGUGGGUUCAGCAGCCGACCGCAUCAGAGCACCCACAGACGAUCGAGUCCGACACAGCUGGCCACGAGCAUGACGGCUUGGCGGCGUUCAAUCGCAGGACAUCGGCGCAACUCACUGGCGCGCAGUUGCAGACGCUAGCACUCGACGAACGUGUGCCGGCAUCUAUAAUGCCACACAACGACACAACUUCACCUCAGGGCCUCGGACAUAUCCUCUCGCUACCGAAGGAGGACGGUGCAGAGUCGAUCCCGUCUGUUGGCCCACCUGCUGGUUCGGUCGAGCAAGACCUGCACGUCGUGAGCUCCGCCAUGGCGUAUACGAAAGUGGCACCGAGCCCAGCUAGCGGCCAUGCAGCUGCCCUCGCCACGAGCGAUCAGCACCCAAGCUACCUGGCGGAACGAACGAGGCCUUCCAUGGGACAAAGUCGGCACUCACACAACUUCGCCCAGCAGGGUGACCUUGGCCCAUCACUGUCGCGCGAUGACCAUGCCCGUCGAUCCUCGGCCAGCAGCUCUCAGCCCGAACCGAGCAUUGCAGUGCACACACCAGAGGCCACCGUAGAGCAGCAACAACUUUCCACAUUCACCACAUACGACUUGUUUGAGGACGACAAGCUGCCAGGCUUCCACGUGUCGGAACGCGGAUCCGCACGCUACGGUGUGCGCGUCCCGCGCAAAAUGGCCGGGUGGAAAGCGGUGUUGACCGAUCUCGCGCCCAGCAGCCACGACGUGACCAAGAAAGGACGACGGGAGAGCAAGCCGGGCCGACAGGGCUGGGAGGUGCGUCAAGAAGCCAUGAAGAACAGCUACGAUUUCAGGCGCGGCUCGGGCAUCCUAGCCACGAUGCACGCGGGGCAUCGGCUGUUCAAGCACGACUGGCACCUCAUUCUCAAGGACGGCUCGCGCUUCGUGUGGAAGAUGGACAAGCAUGCGUUGGCGCUCUUGCGGUGUGUGGGCGAGAGCGAAGUGCAGGUGGGCGAGUUCAGAAAGGCGGUUCCAACAAACACCAGCGCUUACGGCGUCAGCACCGAGGUGGAUCCGACGAGACGGAUUGGAUCGUUUGCAUACGACAGCUCAGACGAGGGGGACAUGUUUGACGCGGAUUUGGCGUUGGCUAGUUUGGUGGCGGUAUUUGCGGCGCGUGGAGGGCAUACGCACGUAUCAGCGGCGUUCGAGGCGUCGUCGGAUCCCAUGCGCGAUUGGCUCGAACAGAAGCGCCAAGCACGCCCGGACCGCGAAGAGGAGAUGCUCGCCAUGCCGCUGCCUGGCUUUGCUCGAGAUGCCGAGUCGUUGCUGUCCGACACCACGGACGAGGACGCCGAUUCGGUCACCAGCGACACGCUGCCUGGACGACGAGCUGCGGUGCGGCCUACACCAGCGUCAAGGGACGUGGUCUAUGACGACAGAAGAGCCAGCGGCCCGGAGCCCCGCACGCAGAGCAAGGGCGCCAAGCGCCUCUCGAAGCUCUUUGGCCUCGGCAACGGCACAGCUGGGCGCCAGAGCGAAGACGGCGCAGCAACCACUGCGGAUCGCAAAGCCAAGGAGAAAGCAGCCAUGACCGAGUCGCAACGCAUCGCACGCCAGUACCGCACACGCAGCUUCUUUGGUGGGCGUUGA